AUGGCUCCCAUUCUUGACGAAAAUUCCAAAGCCAGCGAGCUUGUGCCUUAUUACACCCCCCAGAUUGAGGACAAGGUCAUCCUCAUCACGGGAGUUUCACCUGGUAGUCUUGGUGAAAGCUUUGUCAAGCAGGUCGCUGUCUCAAAGCCGGCUACUUUCAUUCUUGCGGGCCGAAAUCCCUCCAAGUUUCAAAGCCUGAUCGACGAAUUGAAGGCGUCUCACCCAAAAAUUCAGGUGAAGCCAUUGAGUCUAGACCUUAACUCACUUGCAAACGUACGAAAGGCUGCGGAGACUGUACUCUCCUGGUCCGGUGAUGACGUCCCUCGCGUUGACGUUCUGGUCAACAAUGCUGGCACCAUGGCUAUACCAUAUAGCUUGACCGAGGACGGCUUCGAGACACAGUUCCAGACCAACCAUCUCGGCCAUUUCUUGUUCACCAACCUUAUCAUGAGUAAGAUUCUGAAUGCCGAGGCACCUCGAAUUAUCAACAUCAGUAGUGCUGGUCAUCGUCACCACAACAUCAGAUGGACUGAUUACAACUUCAACGGCGGCAAAACCUACGAGAAGUGGGCUGCCUACGGGCAGUCCAAGACAGCCAAUUGUUUGUUUUCAGUCUCGUUAGCCAAGAAGCUUGGAUCCAAGGGUCUUGCCUCUUUCAGCCUCCACCCAGGCGGCAUCAUUACUAAUCUCUCAGCACAUGUCGAUGACUUUACAGCUCUUCUAAAAAGUAUGCAAGACGUCGACGUAGUCAUGGGAACAAAGUACAUGUGGGGAUUAGAUGGAGUCAAGAUGAAAGACUUGAAUGAAGGUGUCGCAACUCAUGUGUUUGCGGCCUUCGAUCCCACCAUUGAGCAGAACGGAGUGUAUCUCAACGACUGUCAUGUCGCUGACCCCUACAAGGAGGAAGUCUACCCCUGGGCAACCAGUGACGUGAGCGCGGAAAUGCUUUGGCAGCUGAGCGAGAAGCUGGUAGGACAGAAGUUUGAGUAUUGA